UAAUUUGUUUCAGCCGAGUGAGAAAAAACCCUAGAACUGCAAUUAGCGAUGGCGAAAUCUGGGUCUCGAGCUAGUGAUUCCUUCAUCAAACAGCGUUCUGGGUCGGGUACGAUUCUUAGGAUUACAGUUGAGAAUUUCAUGUGCCAUAGUAAUCUCCAGAUUGAGUUUGGCGAGUGGGUCAAUUUCAUCACCGGCCAAAACGGAAGUGGUAAAAGUGCAAUUUUGACUGCUCUAUGUGUUGCAUUUGGAUGUCGAGCAAGAGGGACACAGCGGGCUGCCACUUUGAAGGAUUUCAUAAAAACCGGAUGCAGUUAUGCUGUUGUCCAUGUCGAAAUGAAAAACCAAGGAGAGGAUGCUUUUAAACCUGAAAUUUAUGGUGAAAUUAUAAUUAUCGAACGCAGGAUAACCGAGUCUACCACUUCUACCGUUCUCAAAGAUUAUCUAGGAAGGAAAGUAAGUAACCGAAGGGAUGAGCUACGGGAACUUGUUGAGCAUUUUAAUAUUGAUGUUGAAAACCCUUGUGUGGUAAUGAGUCAAGACAAAAGCAGGGAGUUCUUACAUUCUGGAAAUGACAAAGAUAAAUUUAAGUUUUUUUUUAAGGCAACCCUUCUUCAGCAAGUCAAUGAUCUUCUCCAAAGUAUCUACGAACACUUGAAUAAUGCAACUUCAAUAGUCGAUGAAUUGGAGAACACAAUUAAACCAAUAGAAAAGGAGAUUAGUGAGUUGCGUGGAAAGAUAAAGAAUAUGGAACAAGUUGAAGAAAUAGCUCAAAAGUUGCAGCAGUUGAAGAAGAAACUGGCUUGGUCAUGGGUAUAUGAUGUGGAUAGGCAGCUCCAGGAGCAGACUGAGAAGAUUGUGAAGCUUAAAGAACGUAUACCGACUUGCCAAGCUAAAAUAGAUUGGGAACUGGGUAAAGUGGAAUCAUUAAGGGAUCGCUUGACCAAGAAGAAAGCUCAAGUUGCAUGUUUGAUGGAUGAAUCAACUGCAAUGAAGAGGGAGAUAGAGAGUUUUCACCAAUCAGCCAAGACGGCUGUACGGGAAAAGAUUGCUCGACAAGAAGAGUUCCAUCAUAAGUGCAAUAAUGUUCAAAAGAUAAAGGAUCGUGUUAGAAGGCUUGAACGGCAGGUUGCAGAUAUCAAUGAACAGACAAUGAGAAGCACACAGGCUGAACAAUCUGAAAUUGAGGAGAAACUAAUAUAUUUGGAGCAGGAGGUUGAAAAAGUUGAAACAUUACUUUGCAGAUUGAAAGAGGAAGAGAACUACUUAUCAGAAAAAACGGUAGAUGCGAGGAAAGGGAUGGAAGUCAUCGAGGAUAUGAUUAAUAACCAUCAAAAGAGGCAAAGAACCAUAAUCUCUAACAUUAAUGAUCUGAAGAAACAUCAAACAAACAAGGUUACUGCAUUUGGAGGGGACAGAGUCAUUUACCUUCUGCAAGCUAUUGAGAGACAUCAUCAUAGAUUCAGGAAACCACCAAUUGGUCCUAUUGGCUCCCAUGUGACUUUGAUCGAUGGCAAUAAAUGGGCUUCUACAGUUGAACAAGCUCUUGGCAGCCUCUUAAAUGCCUUCAUUGUGACUGAUCAUAAAGAUUCACUCACUCUAAGAGGCUGUGCGAAUGAAGCCAAUUAUAGAAACCUUAAGAUUAUCAUCUAUGACUUUUCGAGACCAAGGCUAAAUAUACCAAGGCACAUGAUUCCUCAGACUGAUCAUCCAACUAUUUUCUCUGUCAUACAUUCUGAUAACCCAACCGUCCUUAAUGUUUUGGUGGAUGUGAGUGGUGUUGAGAGGCAAGUGCUUGCAGAGAAUUAUGAGGUGGGAAAGGCAGUUGCCUUUGGGAAAAGGCUCCCAAAUCUAAAGGAUGUUUACACUCUAGAUGGAUACCGAAUGUUUUUGCGUGGGCCAGUUCAGACUACUCUUCCUUCUCAUUCUCGUAGACCUUCGCGACUCUGUGCUUCUUUUGAUGACCAAAUCAAGGAUCUUGAAAUAGAGGCCUCAAGAGAACAAAACGAGAUUAAACAAUGCUUGGGACGUAAGAGGGAGGCAGAGGAGAGUCUCAAGGAACUUGAUUUGAAAAUGCAUACACUGAAGAAGCACCGCGUCCAAGAAGAGAAGGUUUUGACGACAAAGGAACUUGAGAUGCAAGAUUUGAAGAAUACAGUCGCUGCUGAAAUUGAGGCAUCAACUUCUUCAAAUGUUAACGAGCUUCAACUUGAAAUCAUGAAAGACCGAGAAGAGAUAGAGGAGAAAGAAGCUUUGCUGGAGAAGCUCCAAAACUGUUUGGAAGAAGCUGAGCUAAAGGCUAAUAAACUUACAGCUUUAUUUGAGAACUUACGUGAGUCAGCCAAGGGUGAAAUUGAUGCCUUUGAGGAAGCAGAGAAUGAGCUAAAGAAGAUUGAGAAAGACCUUCAGUCUGCUGAAGUGGAGAAAAUCCAUUACGAGAACAUAAUGAAAAACAAAGUCCUACCAGAUAUCAAGGAGGCUGAGGCUUAUUACGAAGAGCUUAAAAAUAAACGGAAGGAAAGUGACCAGAAGGCCUCUGAAAUUUGUCCUGAGAGUGAGAUCGAAUCUUUAGGUCACUGGGAUGGGAGUACUCCUGAACAGCUCAGUGCUCAGAUUAAUAGAAUGAAUCAGAGACUUCAUCGAGAGAAUCAGCAGUUUUCUGAAUCAAUCGAUGACCUUCGGAUGAUGUAUGAGAGCCUGGAACGAAAGAUUGCAAAGAAGCGCAAAUCCUAUCAAGACCAUCGAGAAAAACUCAUGGCCUGCAAAAAGGCUCUAGAUUCGCGUUGGGGAAAAUUUCAAAGAAAUGCAUCUCUUCUUCGGCGUCAGUUAACAUGGCAAUUCAACGCUCACUUGGGAAAGAAAGGUAUCAGUGGACAAAUCAAAGUCAGUUAUGAGGAGAAAACUUUAUCCAUAGAGGUUAAGAUGCCUCAAGAUGCAACUAGCAAUGCUGUUCGAGAUACCAAAGGUCUUUCAGGCGGAGAACGUUCUUUCUCGACUUUAUGUUUUGCAUUAGCUCUUCACGAGAUGACAGAAGCCCCAUUUCGAGCAAUGGAUGAGUUUGAUGUGUUUAUGGAUGCAGUCAGUCGGAAAAUCAGCUUGGACGCUCUGGUGGAUUUUGCAAUUGGACAAGGAUCGCAGUGGAUGUUCAUCACCCCUCAUGAUAUCAGCAUGGUGAAGUCGCACGAGAGGAUAAAGAAGCAGCAAAUGGCUGCUCCACGUUCUUGAAAACAAAAUAACCUCUCCUUGUAUAGCUCCAUAAAGGGAAUCAUCGGCUUUGAGUCAAAUGCUACAACACUUGUUUCUUCCCUUCACUUCACAGUUGCUUUCUUGACAAUAACGAGCUGAUGGAAAGUUUGAGAAGACUGAAGAGCUUUGUGUAUUGGUUGUUUUUACAGGUGCCGAGUGAGACCCUUUUUUUUUUUCAUUUCGUUUUUAUGAAAAUUAUUUAUUCUCUUAACUUUUUGAUUUUUGAAACUGUAAUAUAUCUAAUUUACUAAUUUUUAUUGACUUAAAAUUAUCAUGAAGGGAGACAGAUAUUUUUAAUCUAUUGAAUAAGCACAGAUGGCGUUGGUACU